AUGUCAUCCAUUCGUGUUCAAAUACCACCGAAUCCGGAAAUCAUACUCGAUUCCUUAGCGAACAACAUCAAAGAAUUCCUGUAUGAGCCGGAGAGCAGCAUUACGUUUGCAGCUUGGUACGCAAGGUAUGACGACCUAUUCGAAAAAGAUACGGCUCGCCUCGACGAUGAGGCUAAAGUCAGGUUGCUCAUGCGCAAGUUGGGAGCUGUGGAACAUGAACGCUACGUAAGUUUUAUCUUACCAAAGGUUCCAAAAGUAUAUACAUUCGAUGAGACCGUUCAGAAAUUGAAAACACUUUCCGGUGCUAUUGAAUCUGUCGUUAGUAAACGAUAUAGAUGUUUUCAAACAGCAAAGCAAUCGAAUGAGGAUUUCAUCUCUUUUGCUUGUCGAAUCAACAAGAAUUGUGUUGAGUUCGAAUUGAGUAAGAUGUCAGAAGAGCAAUUCAAAUGUCUAAUGUUUGUUUGCGGUCUGAAGUCGGAGGGAGACGGAGAAGUUCGAACGAGAUUGCUGUCAAAGAUAGAGGAGCGAGCGGACGUCACACUGGAACAAUUGUCGGAAGAUUGCCAACGGUUGUUAUGUCUGAAACAUGACACGGCAAUGAUAGAAGCACCACAGUCUGCAGCAGUCCAGUUCUUGAAGAAAAAGAAGAAGUUCAACAAACUUUCACCGAUGUGUAAUUCUUCCGGCUCUACUGGAACAAGUGCAAAACAAAAGUUGACAGUACCGUCAACUCCGUGCUGGUGCUGUGGAGCAAUGCACUUCCACCGGGACUGCACGUACAAGCAGAACAAGUGCAAAGAUUGUGGACUCGUCGGGCAUCGUGAAGGCUAUUGCUCGAGUGCAAAGAAAAACCCUAAAUCAGGGGCUCUCAGGCGGAAAGGUCAUCCAGAAGCCUACUCGACAAAAACUGUGAAUCUUUUGGUGAACACUGUACAUAAACAUCGUCGUUUCAUUCAAUCUCGUAUCAACGGAGUGAAGGUGCGGCUUCAGUUGGACACUGGUUCCGACAUUUCUUUAAUUUCCAAGCAAACAUGGAUAAAAAUUGGCAAGCCACCCAGAACACCAGCUACGGAACGAGCUGCAACAGCGUCAGGGGACCCGUUGGAGAUACUCUUCAAGUGCAAAUGCACCACAGUUAUCAAUAAAGAUCAGCGAGUAGUGCAAUUCUACGUGGUGAACGAAUCUCUUCAUCUGGCGGGGAUCGAUAUGCUUGAUUCUUUCGGGUUGUGGUCAGUGCCCAUCAAUACCUACUGCAACAACGUAACACGUUCCACACCCACCAUAGAUUCUCUCAAGACUGCGUUUCCAGCAGUUUUUCGGAAUGAAGUCGGACUAUGCAAUAGAACGAAAAUCAAAUUAGAACUCAAGCCAGAAGCGGUUCCAGUAUUUCGCCCAAAACGUCCGGUGGCUUAUGCCAUGUACAACACGGUGGACGAAGAGUUAGACAGAUUAGAACGUGCCAACAUUAUUACGCCGGUUGAAUUCUCCAACUGGGCGGCCCCCAUCGUAGUGGUUCGCAAGGCCAACGGAACGAUACGUAUAUGCGGAGACUAUUCAACAGGCCUCAAUGAUGCUCUGCAGCCUCACCGUUAUCCUCUGCCAUUACCGGAGGACAUUUUUGCAAAACUGGCCAACUGUACCGUGUUUAGCCAGAUCGAUCUGUCUGAUGCCUUCCUCCAGGUAGAAAUCGAAGAAGCCAGUCGAGAUCUGCUCACCAUCAACACCCAUCGUGGAUUAUACCGUUACAAUCGCCUGCCACCAGGCGUGAAAACUGCUCCGGGCGCGUUCCAGCAACUGAUGGACACCAUGUUGGCUGGCCUCCCAUGUACUUCUGGUUACCUCGAUGACGUUAUUAUUGGGGGAAAAGAUGAAGAAGAACAUGCACGGAACUUGCAUGCAGUUCUAGCCCGGAUUCAGGAGUAUGGGUUCACCGUCCGGCCAGAAAAUUCGGGGUCAAGCGCCGAAUAUUCGGGUCAAGAAAGGGGAUUCCGGUCUACACGUCAAAUCGCCUGCAGCUUCGGAAAUGCUGACGUGCUUUCACGACUCAUCAGCCAGCACGUACGACCGAAUGAGGAUUACGUUAUCGCCUCGGUUAUCCUAGAGGACGAUAUCAGGUCAGUUGCGUCCGACACCAUCAAGUCCCUACCAUUGAAUUUUAAGAUCGUACAGGAAGCCACUCAAUCAGAUCCUAUCAUCAAGAAAGUGUACCGAUACUUAAACGAAGGCUGGCCAGAUUUGAAGCAAGUCACAGAUCCGGAGAUAAAAAGAUUUUACGACCGCCAAGAAUCUCUUACCACAGUUCAAGGUUGCAUUCUAUUCGGUGAGCGCCUGGUCAUUCCGUCACCGCUCCGCCGACGCUGUAUUGGUCAACUCCAUCGUGGCCAUCCUGGUAUACAACGUAUGAAAGCUAUUGCCCGUUCGUACGUUUAUUGGCCGUCUUUGGACAAGGACAUCGUGGACCAUGUAAAGUCUUGUUGUCAUUGCGCCUCCACUGCGAAGUCACCAUCAAAGCUAGCUCCGGUACCGUGGCCACGUUCGACCAAACCAUGGGAACGCGUCCACAUAGACUAUGCUGGUCCGAUCACCGGGGACUACUAUCUCAUUGUCGUUGACUCUUACACAAAAUGGCCAGAAAUCAUCCAAACACACAGUACGACCACUGCUGCAACGAUUGCCAUCCUCAAGGACGUCUUCGCUCGAUUUGGAAUGCCUUCAACGUUGGUGAGCGAUAAUGAGCCGCAAUUUGUCACCGAAAGAUUUGUGGAUACGUUUAAGAGGUCCAUCAAGAAAAUUCAGGAGGGAAGAGAUACUGUGCGAGAAGCGCUCAACACUUUUCUCAUCACCUACAGAACCACACCAAAUCCUUCCACUCCCAACGGUAAGUCGCCAGCGGAGAUCAUGUUUGGUCGUCGAAUUCGGACCAGUUUGGAGUUACUUCGCCCACCAGUUGAACGCACAAUCGUGCAAAAUAAGUAUUACAACGUAAAACGCAGUUAUCAUCGCAACGAUCUUGUUUUUGCAAAACUCUAUUCCAACAAAACUUGGCGUUGGGCACCUGGCAUCAUUUUGGAGAAAGUUGGAAGCGUCAUGUAUAACGUUUGGGUUAACAACCAAAGACUGGUACGCUCACACGUCAACCAACUAAUGAACCGUUUUGAAACCAACCAUCACACCAAGCCCAUGAACAAUCCUUCUAGACUGCCAAUCGACAUUCUGCUAGCCAUGCGACAGUGUCGGUCCCUAUCGCAGGCUCCGGCUCAUCGGAGUUACAAUCAGUUAUUGAACCAGAGCUACAACCAGUAUCACCGGCCCCUCGCCGCUCUUUGCGUGUUCGAAGAGUGCCUCAACGAUAUCAGCCAUACUUCCUGUAUUAGAGGGGAGAUGUUGGGACUUGGACAACCCUAA